GCUCGAUAUCGUACCGGAGUUUCAUUCAGUGAUUUCGACUCGCGACCAGACGGUUAACCCAAGAGACUGCUGGAGAUUCGUUCGUACUGCGUGUACGGAUUCACCGGUAGCGGCGUUAUUGAUUCUAUAACUUUUUCGAAAUCAGAGUGAUCGGAGUGGUUCGAUAUUGUGACUCGAAUCGAAAGGGAGGUUUUACGUUAUCGACAUGGGGUUUUUGAAGGUACUUCUCCUCCUGUCUUCAAUAAACCUCUUGGUGCUGUGUACAAAAAUAUCCCCUCCAACCGUUACAAGAACGGAACUGAAGGUUUCAAGAAGUCUCAAUCCCGAGGAAACGGAGACUCUAAAUGUAAUGACACGAGAUGGUAGCGUUGCUCAGCUGAUAGUUAAGAGAAAAGAAAAAAGUUCUUCGAAUAACGUCCCAAAUCAUGAAUCAAGGUACAAUAACAACAUACGAUUCGAAGACCUUCAAACGAGAGAUCAAACUUAUCAACCAUCGAGGUACAACUACCAGACUUACGUUGGUGAGAAUAACCACGACAGAAGAUAUGGAAGUGAAGACAACUAUGAAAGAAACAACAAUGGAAGAGAUGUAGAACACAGAAGCAUCGAUUCCAAUCAAGUGGUAACCAACUGGAUACCAUUAUCUGUAUACUACCAGCCAAAACUGAUAAGACUCGAUACGAUAGCUGUUGUAAGGAAUUCAAGUGAUUUUAAGUCAGUGGCUUCUGGAGGAUUGGGAAAUGUUAUUGACAGUGAUAGAAUACCAAAUGUUAUUCCAAAACCUGUCAACAUUAGAUCAGACGAAAUACUCGUGAAAAACAACAAAAAAGAUCACAAAAGGGGAAGAUCUGUAAUGAACAUCGACGAAGAUGGCAUCCCAGUAAUCCACGGGGUGAGAGUACCCGAUGAUCCAAAUGAUACCAAAACAUGGAGAAAUGCCAGAGUUAUCAACGGAGAAUUGGUACCUUACGAGAAAGGUUACAAACCUCCAGCAGCUGUUCCUAUUGGAGAGCUAAUAUAUCCGAACAAGAACCAAUUGAGUAAAUCCCAGACGAAAUCCAUAGGCCCUUUCACUAAAGAUGACAAUUUGAAACCCGUAGAGAGCGAUAAAAAACCUAUGGGGCCUUUCAGUGUGAGAGAUAAUAAAGACGUAAAGGCUCCAAAACCCGAAGAAGAGACCAAGUCGUACGUCCGCUUCAGUAGCUCUGGCCAAGGCGUUGGACCGUUUACUAAAGCUGAUAAUUCCAAAGCUACCGACUCCAAACUGAUCGACUAUAUUAGGGAAAUCAACGCUAAAGAGUCUUCCAAGGACUACUUCAACAGAAGGAAGCUCAGAUCUUACGAACAAGAACACAAUCCACAGCAAUUUCAAAGGAGAAUGCUCUACUAUCCAGGAGAAACCUCGUAUCCAAAUUCAGCCCUUUACUCGCCGCCCAGUAAACUCAGUCCAGUAACUUUCAAUGAAGGAGUAAGAACUCCAGUACUCCAGUACGCUCAUCCGGAACUGGGGGUUCAACCUGCCAAGGCUACUCCGGAAGAAGACUUCAGAGACUCUUACAAGGAGAAACACCCUUACUCUUUUGACAGUGGACGACAGUCUCAAUAUUACGACAAUACAAACAGUUUGAACUAUUACAAGAAAGACGUUAUCAAUUAUCCAUAUAACACAUAUUACAUCAAAACCAAAACAGAACAGCCGCUUUGGGUCAAAAUAACGGAAAGCAUAAGAGACAACAUGCAGAAUGGAUUAGAGCGCAUGCAGCAACUCACUCGUCCAGUAUUUGAACCAAUAGUAGAAGCUACUCAGAAGAUAUCUAAAAAUCUAGGAUUUUCCAAUAACCCGCAGCAGGCUCAAGACAAAGUUGGUGUCAUAACUCCGGCUGGUACAUCUGUUAUUCUUCCUGCGUUGGGUCUAGUAGCUGGAGGAGCAGCAUUAGGUUUGGGUGCCGCAGCUGUGGGACGAUUUUUGAACCCCAUCGAAUAUCGAUCCUUCCAUGACGUGAACCCAAACGACAUUCUGGUGAUAAUGGAAGAACCCAAACAAAACAAGGAGGAGGAACGUAAACGAUUCAGAAGAAAUAUCCAAGAUGAGUAUUAUAUGCAAGACCUGGCUAAUACUGUGGAGAAAGAUGUUCACUUGAAAAGAUUAUCUGCUGCUCACUUCUGGUCAGAUACUCCAUGUUCCAAGAGGUUAUUUUGUGAAGUCAUGAUGCAACAAAAUCCAGAUGAGGUACUUUUCAUGGAAAAAAAGAUGGAUAAAUUGAUGGCAUCGUUUCAUCCAGACGUCCAAAUAGUAGUUUCUCAUCACCUACAAGAAGCCAUGGAUGCUGUGAAAAUGAGGGACUGCUCCAAAUUCUCAUGCAACAAGAAAAUCCCGUUUCCUGCUCCGGCGGCGUGAAAGGCAUUGUUAUUCAACACUAAAAUGACUAAUUUAUUAUUAUAGUAGGAAAACAAAAUCCAUGACAGAUUAGGUGAUUUUGGGAAGAGAAAAUAUUCAAAGGAUAUUUUGUGCAGUAGUUUCCUGUGAAACAUUUAUACCUAUUGAUGUUACCUUUACUAACGGAUGUAUAUAGUUUAUUAAUCAACAUGGGCGAUACGGAAAUCGUCAAAUUUUGAAAAAUAGCUCCAGUGAUUUAUUGUAUAUAGGAAAAUAUUUAUUUAUAAGAGUCCGUUGA